CAGUCCGUUAUGGUUCGUUUUGUUGUCGUAUGAGUAAACGUUUAACCAUUGAGUUGUUUUUAAAACAGACUUUUAGUGAAACUUCCUUAGUUCCACAAAUCACUCGCCCUGAUCUGUGAAUCGAGGUGCAAGUAUGCUGUGGAAUUUGCGAAUCCACCCCGCAGAGAUUUGUGACGAGUAAAAACUGGCGGAGCACCACCGUGCGAUUACGUUUCAAAUUGAGGUAAUAUCUCUCUGUUAAAUGGUGAUUGUCGAUGCCAUGGAAAGAAGGAUAAAACUGAAAACUCUAAACAGUCACAUAACAUGCAAAAUAUGUCGCGGAUAUUUAAUUGACGCCACUACUGUUACCGAAUGUUUACAUACAUUCUGCAAGAGUUGUUUGGUAAAGCAUCUAGAGGAGAAACAUACCUGUCCGACAUGUCAAAUUGUCAUACAUCAGUCUCAUCCACUCCAGUACAUCAGCUUCGACAGAACUAUGCAGGAUAUUGUCUACAAAUUAGUUCCUAAUCUCCAAGAAAAUGAAAUCAAAAGAGAAAGAGAAUUUUACAGAGCCAGAGGUUUGCCUUGUCCUAAAGAUAUUUUACCCAAUGCUGGAGAAGUUGAAGAUGAAAAAGCCAAUGCGGAUGCACAUGCAGAAUCAGAUUAUCAUCGUACUGAUGAACAGGUUAACGUAUGUUUGGAGUGUACAAACUCAAGUUUGAAGACUCUGAAAAGACGAUUUAUCAGGUGUUCAGCUCAGGCUACGAUAACGCAUAUGAAAAAGUUUAUUGCUAAAAAGGCUUUGAACGGCAUGGAAAAAUAUAGAGAUAUCGAUAUUUUGUGCAAUAACGAAUUAUUAGGUAAAGACCACACAUUGAAGUUCGUUUAUGUAACAAGAUGGAGGUUCCGGGACCCACCCUUGAGAUAUUCAACUGCCACUGCAUUAUGUACAGAUUCGAUGCCUGCGCAUUAAGUUUCAGCGGACCAUCUUUCCUCCUAAUACGCGGAAUCUUAGUGGACGAGUGAGACUUUCUAUAUUUUAUGACACGAGACAAAGCCACGGGGAUCUUCAUUUUAUGAAAUCAUAUAUUCUUUUUAUAAGCACAUACCCCAUCUUUGUACAUAGAAUAUUUUUGACAGAACGCAAACAGCAUUGCAUGUAGAGAUACGCAAGCUUUGUAUUAGGUAAACAAAAGAAAUCGGGUCUGAAUAGUCAGGUCUUUUUAACUUUGUAUAUUUAUGCGCUGCGGUCGUACAUAUUCUAAUUGCGUCUCAAAUUUCUCUCGACAUCGGCUCGCGAUUGGAAAAGAAGAAGCUAGAAAGAAAGAGAGAGAGAGAGAGAAAAUUAAUCGAUAGCGAAAUAUUUUUAGGUGAUUCGCCAUGUCGAAUAGCGCGCCAUGUCGAGCAAAAUGCGUGGCGCUCGUCGCUUGUAGUAAAUAGAGUUCCUCAAGUAAAAGUUAAUACUGAAUGAUGACUUUUGAUUGUUCUGUAAUAAGAAGAAAGCGAUAUAAAUAAAACAGAAUAGUACGUAUACGAUGGACACGUUGCUGACUGAUCUGCUAGAAGGUCAAGUACGCUGUUUUUCUUACAUGAUUUUGCUCACUCAUUAUAAGAACAAAUUAGGACGCAUCCUAUGUCAUCAUGUUAUCGAAGUAUUCUUUUUGAUCACGUGUCAUUUGCUUAAAUAGGAAGAAAUGAGAAAUAUGACGUCCACUUAUUAAAAAAAGAAUAAAAAGAAAAAUUUUUAUUGUAUCUUUUUAAUGAUAUAAGACAACAGCAACGACUUGAUAUUUAUUUAUUCGAGCUCUUCUGUCAAGCAGAGUUAAGACCAUGGCACAUAGAAAAACUUAGGACGUAAAAUUUAAGCGCUAAGGAAAUCAAUAUGUUGGAUUCGCUACUUGCUUACGUCAUGGUCUUAUGAUCUUUACCAUGAUCGGUCAAUUCAUUUACUACUUAAAUCUUUUGCCAGCCGAAAAAGUUUUUCUAUGGCCUUUAGAUCCAGCUAUUCAUCUAGCAUGAAAACUCGCACUGUCUAAAGUCAAACCAGUAGCACAGCCAGCAGCAUGGCCAACACGGCAACAAAUUUAAUUAACAAUCCAGAGGAAAACCAUUGUGUAUUGUAGGGACUUGACACAAGAAUAAAGUACUUAUUUUGUAUUAGUUGCUUUCUCACUCUAUUUUAAGCAGUCGAUCUAUCUGAUUUUGUCUUGUAUAAAUAAAAUAGAAUGAGACAGAUAGAUCUACAUUCCGUGUUAAUGGCAGCCGAUGUCUUAAGCCUGUUCUAUAUAAUAGGGUCGCAAGUCAUAAACUGUAAUUGGUCAAUCACAGUUGAAUAUGAAAAAAAUAAUCGACUGUGAUUUAAUAAUUUCUUAUAGCUUACGGCUUGCGGUCCUAUUGUAGAACAGGCUUUAAUUUGAUUCGUUUACUUGAGGAACUUAAGUAGCAAACGAUCCUGUUUCAUCCGACGAUCGCUAAACGAAAGAUGUGAUUGUACAUACUUAAUCGUUAGAAAAUCGAAUGCGACUUUUCACCAAGUAGCGGUACUGCAAGAACGCUUGUACGUUGUACGCUGUGUAUGCGCAUCUCCAUAAAUUAUUAAAUAAAUAUGUUUUGUACAGAAACGUUGUCAAUACGUCCGUUGUAAUCUUUAAGACAAUAUUAUAAGAGAUACAGAAAGGAUGAACAAAUUAAUACGUGAA